AAAAGGCAGCGAGUGAGGCGUUCAAGGACAAAGGCGCUGGCAGUGCAAAGUAUGGCAUUGGUGUUUCUUGGCCUGGGCUGCGGAUCGCCGGUGGUGCGGUGGUGCGACCCCACCCUAGCGGACCGGGGAGCUCUUUUCUUGGGGACUCCCACGUCAUUGGGCUAG